ACUAAUUGCUUCGCCCCAGAUGUACUGCAACGUCUUUGCUCUCGUCCUCGCCGCCGCAUCCAUCGCAGGCGCGAGCCCCGCGCUUGAGGCACGCCAGACUCCGCCUACUUGCGCGGCGACGGUCUGCUCAUUCACGGGCACCCUGACGCUGCCGGGCGGCCUCACCCUCCCCAACAUCACGCUCAACCCCGACGAGGCCUGCGUGGGUUGCGCGGACACCGCGUGCUUGCCGCUCAACGCGACUCACCUCGACACACUCGGGGGUGGCUUCGAGGGUGACAUCUCGACGUGCCAGACCACCGCGGCGCCCGCUGCGUCGGCGGCUUGA